AUGCGUGAACGACAGCCGAGUACUGGGGGAGACUGGAAGUAUCGCGGCCGCAAAGCUUUACUAUACUAUAUAUGCGUGCGUUUGCUGACAAUCUACAGCUUCUGGGGCGUGUUUUGGGUCGACGUCGCCAGCCUGUUAACAGCUAAGAAUAACUUUUUAGCCACCGCAAAGACGCUCGGAUCGUCUGCGGAGAGCGUCGACAAGUCGCCUUAG